AUGGCAGCACUAACAUCCUCAGGAGAAUCCAUAAUCUCCUCCUCUCUCUCGGUUUCAACACCCCAAAUCUCGGAUAUCCACGAUUACUUUGAAAUUGAGCGUACGAGGAGGGAGAUUGUGGAGGGAGGGUAUAGGAGGGUUGCGUUGCAGUUUCCGGAUGAGUUGUUGGGGUAUAGUGUGCCUGUUGCGAAGGCGUUGAGGAGGGGAACAGGGGAGGAGGGAGGGAAGGUGGAAGUGUACAUCUUGGCGGAUACGAGUUAUGGAAACUGCUGUGUGGACGAGGUUGCGGCCUCACAUGUUGAUGCGGAUUUUAUCGUGCAUUAUGGGUACGCGUGUCUUUCAAAGACCGCGAGAUUGCCUGUGUUGUAUGUGUUUGGGAAGGCGGAGGUUGAUGUGGAGGAUUGUAAGUGGGGGCAGGGGAGGAGGAGGAAGCAUCGGGAGAAGGAGUUGGAGGAGGCAUUAGGGAUGGCGGUGGGUCGGUCUGUUACGACGACUCUGGGGGAUGGGCCACAGACGAUUGUGUAUGUCGGGCCGCAAACACUUCGGUUGACCAACCUCCUCCUCACGCGUUCGACCUCUACGGUUGUCUCCUACGAUCCUACAUCGAAAACUACAGCACUCGAAUCCGUCCAGUCCAAUCGCCUACUGAUGAGGCGGUACUACACCCUCCUCAAAGCCCGCGAUGCUUCGACGUUUGGUAUCCUCGUAGGAACGCUGGGGGUUUCGCAGUAUCUCCCUCUCAUUUCUCAUCUUCGGUCUCUUCUCCGGAGGAAUGGACGGAAGAGUUAUACGAUUAGUGUGGGCAAGCUUAAUCCUUCCAAGUUAGCCAAUUUUUUGGAGGUGGAGUGUUUUGUGCUCGUGGCGUGUCCGGAGAAUAAAGUUGCGGAUGCAAAGGAGUUUUUGAGGCCUAUUAUUACGCCUUUUGAACCUGAAGUUGCGCUUUCGAAGGAGGUUAGAUGGGAUGGGACGUACAAGCUCGAUUUCGCGUCCAUCUUACCAAGUUCGCCUCCGUCGCCUGGAUCGACUCCAUUAUCCAGUUCUGCAACAAAUGAAGUGGAAGGAGAAGGCGGAGAAGAAGAGGAAGAGGAAGAAGAAGAUCCAGACACACCCCACUUUUCUUUAGUCUCAGGGAAGCUCGUCAAUUCGCGUCUGUACCCAGCGUCCUCAUCAUCAUCCUCUCACCAACCAUCCUCGACGAAUGGAGAACUCGUGCAAACCAACCCCUCAGCAUUGCAAGUUUUGCCAAAUAGUGCAGCUGCGCAUUUCUUGACGACUUCGAGGACGUAUACGGGUUUGGAGUUGAGGUUGGGGCAGGAUGAGCCUAGUGUGCUUGAGCAGGGGAGGAGUGGGAUUGCGAGGGGGUAUCAGACUGAUGUCGGGGUUGGUGGUGGCGGGCAUAGUGAACAAGACGGGCAGGGCGGUGAGGGUGGAGGCAGGCAGGUGGAUAUUGAGUCUUUGCCGCAGAGGUUACAGGAGAAGGUUAGUUUAACGGAGGAACCGGAGUCAACUGUGGCUCAGGGAGAGAAGGGUGAGGGGCAGGAUUGGUGGUGGGGAGGAUACAGCGAUUUUUCGGUUACCUACUACGGUAUCUCUAUGUACAUGUCCCAAGGGAUAUGA